ACUGGGUGCUGCCACUACGGUUCACGCUUUCUGACCACCGCCUUGCUCCCUCCUGCCUCGGGAAGGGCCGGGCUAGUAAGAGGCUUGGCGGGAAAAAGACAGGGGGAGGGAAAUCCUACCAGCUUUAUAAACGCCGGUUUUCAGGGCUUUAUCUGACUCGCUGUAGUAAUUCCAGCGAGAGGCAGAGGGAGCGAGCGGGCGGAUCCGCCAGAGUCGGAGAACGGAGAGAGCUGAGCUAGGCGGGCGAGCCGAGUCGCGCUCCGGGCGCCCAGGGCUGGAAGACCCGGAGUGAAAGGAGGGCUUCGCGUCCCGCCGGACGCCCCCUCCCCACCCUUCCCGUCGACCCCUGCCAGUGAUCCGCAACCCCUGCUGCAUCCACGAAACUUUGCCCGUUGCAGCUGGCGGGCACUUUCCCCUGGAACUUACAACACCCGCUUGAGAACGCGACUCUCCGGACUCGGAGAGGCUGUUUUACCUAUUUGGGGAGACACUUCUCCCCGCUGCUGCCUAAGACCCGCUCCUCUGAAAGGCGUACUUCGCCUGGUUUUGGACGCUGGAUUUCCUUCGAAUAGUGGGAAACCCGGCUGCCACGAUGCCCCUCAACGUCAGCUUCACCAACAGGAACUAUGACCUCGAUUACGACUCGGUGCAGCCGUAUUUCUACUGCGACGAGGAGGAGAACUUCUACCACCAGCAGCAGCAGAGCGAGCUGCAGCCGCCGGCGCCAAGCGAAGAUAUCUGGAAGAAAUUCGAGCUGCUGCCCACCCCGCCCCUGUCGCCCAGCCGCCGCUCAGGGCUCUGCUCACCCUCCUACGUUGCUUUCGCGUCCUUCUCCCCCAGGGACGAUGAUGAUGGCGGCGGCGGCAGCUUUUCCACGGCCGACCAGUUGGAGAUGGUGACCGAGCUGCUAGGAGGAGACAUGGUGAACCAGAGCUUCAUCUGCGACCCAGACGACGAGACCUUCAUCAAAAACAUCAUCAUCCAGGACUGUAUGUGGAGCGGCUUCUCAGCCGCAGCCAAGCUUGUCUCGGAGAAGCUGGCCUCCUACCAGGCUGCGCGCAAAGACGGCGGCAGUCGGAGCCCCGCCCGCGGGCACAGCGCCUGCUCCACGUCCAGCCUGUACCUGCAAGACCUGAGUGCAGCUGCCUCCGAAUGCAUCGACCCCUCUGUGGUCUUCCCCUACCCGCUCAACGACAGCAGCUCGCCCAAGACCUGCGCCUCCCCGGACUCCACUGCCUUCUCCCCGUCCUGGGACUCGCUACUCUCCUCCGCUGCUUCCUCCCCGCGGGCCAGCCCUGAGCCCCUGGUGCUCCAUGAGGAGACACCACCCACCACCAGCAGCGACUCUGAGGAAGAACAAGAGGAUGAGGAAGAAAUUGAUGUUGUUUCUGUGGAAAAGAGGCAGCCCCCUGCGAAAAGGUCAGAAUCUGGGUCACCCUCCGCAGGAAGUCACAGCAAACCUCCUCACAGCCCACUGGUCCUUAAGAGAUGCCAUGUGUCCACCCAUCAGCAUAAUUACGCAGCGCCCCCCUCUACUAGGAAGGACUACCCCCCCACCAAGAGGGCCAAGUUGGACAGUGGCCGAGUCCUGAAACAGAUCAGCAACAACCGCAAAUGUACCAGCCCCAGGUCCUCUGACUCUGAGGAGAAUGACAAGAGGCGGACACACAACGUCUUGGAACGCCAGAGGAGAAAUGAGCUGAAACGCAGCUUUUUUGCCCUGCGUGACCAGAUUCCAGAGUUGGAAAACAAUGAAAAGGCCCCCAAGGUAGUUAUCCUUAAAAAAGCCACUGCAUACAUCCUGGCCAUCCAAUCAGAGGAGCAAAAGCUCAUUGCAGAAAAGGAUUUAUUGCGGAAGCGACGAGAACAGUUGAAACACAAACUUGAACAGCUACGGAACUCUUGUGCAUAAAAGUUGACCUAUUGGAGGGAGGAACUGGAAUCUCUCAUGAAUUCUCACUUGUUACUAAGAGAAAGUAAGGAAAGAGGUUCCUUCUGACAGAACUAUAACAACUCAUUGUGUAUGAACUUUUUUCAAAUGCAUGUUAAGUGCAACCUCACACAACCUUGGCUGGGUCUUAGUACUUAAAGGUUUAGCCAUAAUGUAAACUGCCUCAAAAAGGACUUGGCAUAAAAGAACUUUUUUUAUGCUUACCAUCUUUUUCUUUUUUUUUUUCUUUAACAAAUUUGUAUUUAAGAAUUGUUUUUUAAAAAAUCUUAAAAUUUCCUUGUAAAUAAAACAUUAAAUGUAAAUAACUUUAAUAAAACGUUUAUAACAGUUAUGCAAAAUUCAAAACCAUGUAUUAUAAACCAUAAUUUUU